AUGAAGGCCUUCUUCAUCCUGCCCUUCCUGACCACCCUCCUCGCCUCCCCGUCGCAGCGGACGUCAAGUUCCACUUCCAGUGCGCUCAACGGCUCCGAGGGCGGCAACGUGACCGCCAACGCUGUCAACUCGACGGGCGUCUCCUGCACGGCCAACGUGAUAAAGUCGACGCACGGCAACCUCAUCCUGACCGCGGCGCACUGUACGCGCGGGGACAUGACAAACCACACGUUUGUGCCCGGCUGGUCCGAGGGCAAGACGCCGUAUGGCGUGUGGGUCAUUGAGGCGGCGUUCGUCACGUCUGCAUGGCAGAAGACGCAGGAUCCUCAACACGACUUUGCCAUCCUGCGCGUCGCCCCCAACGACAAGCACAUGUCCCUCCAGUCCGUCACUGGCGGCGUGAGGGUGUAUCCCGCGCCCAAGUCGGGCACACGCAUCACCGACGUGGCGUACAACGACGACACUGCCCAGCCCGUCACCUGCACGGCCCCGCUGUACUAUUACACGGGCUACGUCGCGUUUGACUGUGGCGGGUUUGUGGGCGGGAGCAGUGGCAGCGGGUUCAUCGACCACAAGAACCGCAGGCUGUAUGGCGUCAUUGGCGGGCUGCACCAGGGCGGAUGCCUGCCGUCGACGAGCUACUCGUCGACGUUUGGGAAGGCCGUACAGGCGCUGAUUGCCCGGGCGGAACGCAAGGGGGCCAAGGGGGACAUUGUGGUCAAGGCUGGGUCUGAUGGGUGUGAGUAG